CUGAUCACAGAAAUGAAAAAGGGUCGUUUAUAUUCCACGCAGUUUAUUUUCAGCACGGAUUAUAUUCAUAUCGGGCUAUUCCUCUGAUUUUCUCGAUUUUUGUAGUGGUCGGAAGGACCACAUUUCGAAGACAAUUUAAUAUGUCGGCCAAAGUGGACUCUGUGGAGAGUGAGUCGAGUUCAAAAAGCAGAAGUAGUUCUCACAGCAGAGGAAGAGAAAACCGGAAACGAGCAAGAAGCCGAAGCCGAUCCUCCUCAUCAUCUUCCAGUUCUUCCUCCUCCUCCUCCUCAUCAUCCUCUUCUGCACAUUCUUCAUCCAGCAGUUCAUCAUCACAUAGUAACUCCAGCUCCAGUAGCUCAGAUUCUUGCAAAAAACAAAGCAAAUCUUCGAAGAAAAGGAAAGAUAAUCAUGGCAAAAAGAAAGGAAAAAAAGAGAAAACACGUAAGCGGAAGAAGGAAAAGGGACACAAAGAGCAGGACGACAGCUUUGGACCUGUUCAAAUUUCAAAGUAUCUUAAGGAAAAGAAGAAAACCGGCAAGUACAGUAUGAUUUCAGGGAAAAAGAUUAAAAUGAAAGUGAAAAAAUCAAAGAAGGACAAGCAGCGGGACAAAAACAGAGCAGAACUGCUGGAGUUCUUGAACUCCACUUUCUGAUUCAGUUCGUUAUUCACCUGGCCGCCACUCAGGGAAAGACCAUCUUCAACUAUUAAUGGGUUUACCUGAUGUUAUACAUUGACAGUUCCUUACCAUAAACUAUGUAGAUGGUUGUCCCCCUUUUUUUAUUAUUAUUAUUCCAGACUGUGUCCUGAAAUACUUAUUGUAUGUCUGAUUGACUGUAUCCUAUAAGAACUGUAGCUUGAAUGUAACAUUGUCAUAGAACAUUGUUACUGAAAUUGUCAAAAAAACGUGUACAGUUUGUCAUCGGGGACAUGAAGGUUGUUUAUCUAACAAACUAUUCAAAUUUGAAACAACAGUGUAGUCAUGUUGUUCCAGUGGCGUGUUUCUUGUUAUCCCAUGAUAAUCUGUGUAUUUAUUGUGCUGAGUCAAAUGCAGAAGCACCACUAGCGGGUAGCUGAACACUUACGAUCUUCCUUUGUGACACACGUGCAUCUGACCGUACUUAUGACAAUACUGUUAAAUAAAUUUCCAGUUUGUGUCCUU